CAGGCUCUUAGAGCUCUUAUUCUGUCUCUUAGUGUAAGUGACACAUAUUGUUUGUCAAUUAGAGAAAAAUCAUUAGAGAAAAACCUAAAAAUGAAUGCUGCUAUGGACACCAUUCAUGGCUUCGGGGUGAGCACAACUCAGUACCUGCAGACCAACUACAAGGACGCCCAGGGCUGGUUCCUCUUUGUCUCCUUCGCCGCCGACCUCAGGAACACCUUCUUCGUCUUCUUCCCCAUCUGGUUUCACCUGCGGGAGUCCGUGGGCAUCAAGCUCAUCUGGGUGGCCGUGAUCGGGGACUGGCUCAACCUGGUCUUCAAGUGGGUCCUGUUUGGUGAACGCCCAUAUUGGUGGGUCCAUGAGACCCCCUACUAUAGCAACUCGUCAGCACCCCACAUCGAGCAGUUCCCCAUGACCUGUGAGACUGGCCCAGGCAGCCCAUCUGGCCAUGCUAUGGGAGCAGCAGGCGUCUACUACGCCAUGGUCACUUCCAUCCUUACUAUCCUGCUGAAGAACAAGAGCAGUUCUAGCUCCAAGAACUGGUGUGUGCGGGGCACACUGUGGACGCUCUUCUGGGGAGUCCAGGUCUGUGUUUGUCUCUCUAGGGUCUUCAUCGCCGCACACUUCCCACACCAGGUCGUCGCUGGGGUCAUCACAGGCAUGAUUGUGGCUGAGGCUUUCAACAGAGUGCAGUGGAUCUACAGUGCCAGUCUGAAGAAGUACUUCUACAUUACCCUCUUCCUGCUCACCUUCGCUCUGGGCUUCUACCUGCUGCUGAAGGCUCUGGGUGUAGACCUGCUCUGGACCCUGGAGAAAGCCAAGAGGUGGUGCGUUCGUGCUGAAUGGGUUCACCUGGACACCACGCCCUUCGCCAGCCUGCUGCGCAACAUGGGCACAUUAUUCGGACUGGGGUUGGGCCUGCACUCACCCCUCUACACUGAGAGCAAAAAAAGCAGUAGCACCCCGUUCAGGUUCGGCUGUAUCAUCACCUCGCUGCUGCUUCUGCACCUCUUUGACUCCUUCAAGCCUCCCACCCACACCGCAGCCCUGUUCUACCUGCUGUCCUUCUGCAAGAGCGCCACCGUACCCCUGGCCACCGUCAGCAUCAUCCCUUACUGCGUUUCGGGGGCUCUGAGCACUCACAGCAAGAAGCAGCUCUGAGCUGGAGACACACUUAAGACUGAGGAGUAGAGAUCCUGCUGAGGAGCUGGAUCGGAACUGAGAGUCAUUGCACAGCAUUGAACAUUUUUCAUAGAUCCUUCCAUUUCAGAGCCUUCUCAACAGAUUUACAUGUCUCAAAAGUCCAAAACAUUAGCCCAAAAAAAAAAAUGUACUAAGCCUGUGAGUGCCAGACCUGUUGACCAUAGUUCAACAUUUGGAAGAUCUGGGAACAGGGCCCCUUCAGCACUGAAGUUACAUCUGGGUUUUCAUCCGAUGCCUCACUCAGAUUAAGCAACAGAACAAUGCUGGGAUCCUUGAUUGUCUGAGCUCAUUCAGUACUGCUUUCCUAACCAAGCAAGCUAUGCUUCCACAAAGGAUUGCAGGGCUCUGGACUCAGAGAUCAGUUAUUUUGGAUGGGAUGAAUUAAUCUUCAGACCUUUCAUUGCAGUAUUGUGGGGGCAAUUUCAGUUUUUAUUCCACAGAAUGUAUUCUGAAUGUCUGGGCCUCUUUAAUUUAUUGACCCCUUUAGAAAAAACUAACUUGAAAAACACAUAUAUUAUGGGUAUUAUUUAAGUGUUGACAUUAUGACAGCUGUUUAACUGUUGUGAUUGCACUGAGUACCAUCAGUUUCAGCCUCUUCCAUUUUUAAUGGGGUUGUAGAAGAUCAAAUGAAGGUACUGUGGUGACAGUUUUCAGUUAUAAAGAGACUUUAAACCUCAUGGCAAAGAGGAGCAGGAGUGUAGAAGAGUGCAGACUGACUAUCAGAGUGAUGUACCACCCAUUGUUAAACAGAGGAAUAGGAAAUCCUUAAAGUCUCUACAGGCUGCUUAACAUUGCCAAGAGGGUAGUUCCUUUUUGCUUCUUUUUUAAAAGAUAUUUGUUCUGUAAAAUGUUAUAAUUUUGAUUAUUUCUGGGUAUUUAUAAUAAAAGCAUUAAAAUUCA